AUGAGGAGACUGAGUUUGUGGUGGCUGCUGAGCAGGGUCUGUCUGCUGCUGCCGCCGCCCUGCGCUCUGGUGCUGGCCGGGGUGCCCGGCUCCUCCUCGCACCCGCAGCCCUGCCAGAUCCUCAAGCGCAUCGGGCACGCGGUGAGGGUGGGCGCGGUGCACUUGCAACCCUGGACCACGGCCCCCCGCGCCCCCAGCCGCGCUCCGGGCCGCAGCCGGGCAGGCGCCCAGCGGGAUGAGCCCGAGCCAGGGACUUGGCGACCCCCGGCGCCCUCACCCGGCGCACGUCGGUUGGGGAGCGCCCUGCAUGGCCGGGGCCCGCCGCGCGCCGGGAAGCCCGGGGAGGGCGCGGGGGCCGAGACCCUGUGGCCUCGGGACGCCCUCCUCUUCGCCGUGGACAACCUGAACCGCGUGGAAGGUCUGCUGCCCUACAACCUAUCUUUGGAAGUAGUGAUGGCCAUCGAGGCGGGCCUGGGCGAUCUGCCGCUCUUGCCCUUCUCCUCCCCGAGCUCGCCGUGGAGCAGUGACCCUUUCUCCUUUCUGCAGAGCGUGUGCCACACCGUGGUGGUGCAAGGGGUGUCGGCGCUGCUCGCCUUCCCCCAGAGCCAGGGCGAGAUGAUGGAGCUCGACUUGGUUAGCUCUGUCCUGCACAUUCCAGUGAUCAGCAUCGUGCGCCACGAGUUUCCGCGGGAGAGUCAGAAUCCCCUUCACCUACAACUGAGUUUAGAAAAUUCAUUAAGUUCUGAUGCUGAUGUCACUCUCUCAAUCCUGACCAUGAACAACUGGUACAAUUUUAGCUUGUUGCUGUGCCAAGAAGACUGGAACAUCACCGACUUCCUCCUCCUUACCCAGAAAAAUUCCAAGUUCCACCUUGGCUCUAUCAUCAACAUCACCACCAACCUCUCCUCCACUGAGGACCUCUUGAGCUUCCUGCAGGUCCAGCUUGAGAGUAUUAGGAACAGUACGCCCGCCAUGGUGAUGUUUGGCUGUGACAUGGAAGGUAUCCGGCAGAUUUUUGAAAUUACCACCCAGUUUGGAGUAACCCGCCCUGAGCUCCGUUGGGUGCUGGGGGAUUCCCAGAACGUCGAGGAACUAAGGACAGAAGGUUUGCCCCUCGGGCUCAUUGCUCAUGGAAAAACAACGCAGUCCAUCUUUGAGUACUAUGUACAAGAUGCCAUGGAACUUGUUGCGAGAGCUGUAGCCACGGCCACCAUGAUCCAGCCAGAACUCGCGCUUAUCCCCAGCACGAUGAACUGCAUGGAAGCAGAAGCCGCAAAUCUCACUUCAGGACAAUAUUUAUCAAGGUUUCUAGCCAACACCACUUUCAGAGGCCUCAGUGGUUCCAUCAAAGUAAAAGGUUCCACUAUCAUCAGCUCAGAGAACAACUUUUUCAUCUGGAUUCUGCAACAUGACCCCAUGGGAAAGCCAAUGUGGACCCGUUUGGGCAGAUGGCAAGGCGGCAAGAUUGUCAUGGACUAUGGAAUAUGGCCAGAGCAGACCCAGAGGCACAAAACCCACUUCCAAUACCCGAGUAAACUGCACUUGAGAGUGGUUACCCUGAUCGAGCAUCCAUUUGUCUUCACACGGGAGGUAGAUGAUGAAGGCUUUUGCCCUGCUGGCCAACUCUGUCUAAACCCCAUGACUAAUGACUCCUCCAUGUUGGACAGCCUUUUUAACAGCCUUCAUAGCAGUAAUGAUACAGUGCCCAUCAAAUUCAAGAAGUGCUGCUAUGGAUAUUGCAUUGAUCUGCUGGAAAAGCUAGCAGAAGACAUGAACUUUGACUUUGACCUCUAUAUUGUUGGGGAUGGCAAGUAUGGAGCCUGGAAAAAUGGGCACUGGACUGGGCUGGUGGGUGAUCUCCUGAGUGGGUCAGCCCACCUGGCAGUCACUUCCUUCAGCAUCAAUACUGCACGAAGCCAGGUGAUAGAUUUCACCAGUCCUUUCUUUUCCACCACCUUGGGCAUCUUAGUGAGGACCCGAGACACAGCAGCUCCCAUUGGAGCCUUCAUGUGGCCACUCCAUUGGACAAUGUGGCUGGGGAUUUUUGUGGCUCUGCACAUCACUGCCAUCUUCCUCACUCUGUAUGAAUGGAAGAGCCCCUUUGGUAUGACUCCCAAGGGACGGAAUAGAAGUAAAGUCUUCUCCUUUUCUUCAGCCUUGAAUGUAUGUUAUGCCCUCUUGUUUGGUAGAACAGCAGCCAUCAAACCCCCAAAAUGCUGGACUGGCAGGUUUCUAAUGAACCUUUGGGCCAUUUUCUGUAUGUUUUGCCUUUCUACAUACACGGCAAACUUGGCUGCUGUCAUGGUAGGUGAGAAGAUCUAUGAAGAGCUUUCUGGAAUACAUGAUCCUAAGCUACAUCAUCCCUCUCAAGGCUUCCGCUUUGGAACUGUCCGGGAAAGCAGUGCUGAAGAUUAUGUGAGGCAAAGCUUCCCAGAGAUGCAUGAGUAUAUGAGAAGGUACAAUGUACCAGCCACCCCUGAUGGAGUGGAGUAUCUGAAGAAUGAUCCAGAGAAACUAGAUGCCUUCAUCAUGGACAAAGCCCUUCUGGAUUAUGAAGUGUCAGUAGAUGCUGACUGCAAACUUCUAACCGUGGGGAAGCCAUUUGCUAUAGAAGGGUAUGGUAUUGGUCUCCCACCCAACUCUCCACUGACCUCCAAUAUAUCCGAGCUCAUCAGUCAAUACAAGUCACAUGGGUUUAUGGAUGUGUUGCAUGACAAGUGGUACAAGGUGGUUCCCUGUGGGAAGAGAAGCUUUGCUGUCACUGAGACUUUGCAAAUGGGCAUCAAACACUUCUCUGGACUCUUUGUGCUGCUGUGCAUCGGCUUUGGUCUGUCCAUCUUGACAGCCGUUGGGGAGCACGUGGUGUACAGGCUGCUGCUGCCGCGGAUCAAGAGCAAAUCCAGGCUGCAGUACUGGCUCCACACCAGCCAGAGAUUACAUAGAGCACUAAACACAUCGUUUGUAGAGGAAAAGCAGCAGCGUUUCAAGACUAAACGUGUGGAAAGGAGGGCCAGUGUGGGACCCCGUCAGCUCACUGUGUGGAAUACUUCCAAUCUGAGUCAGGAUAACCGACGAAAAUACAUCUUUAGUGAUGAGGGAGGACAAAACCAGCUGAGCAUCCGGACCCACCAGGACAUCCCACUCCCUCCAAGGAGAAGAGAGCUCCCUGCCUCGCUGACCACCAACGGGAAGGCAGACUCCCUAAAUGGAGCUCGGAACUCAGUGAUGCAGGAACUCUCAGAGCUCGAGAAGCAGAUUCAGGUGAUCCGUCAGGAGCUGCAGCUGGCUGUGAGCAGGAAAACGGAGCUGGAAGAGUAUCAAAGGACAAACCGGACUUGUGAGUCCUAGAUAACCAUGCUGCUCCCCUUCCCAGUUCCCGGCAUUCCUCUGAGCCCUUGAGACACUUUGUA